ACACAUGUGACAUAACGAAAAUGUUUGACAUUGUUCAGAAUAUAAUUCGAAAUAAAUAGAAAAUUAGAUGAAAAAUAUAUUAUUUAUUAAUUAAAAUGGCCGAUUUAGACAUACCAAAGAAAGUUAAAGGCCCUUUAAUUGAUCCGGCACUGUGUAGGUGCUGUCGGUCCAUAAAACGAUGCCGUUUGUUGACCACGGAGUACGAGUAUAUGGGCUCUAAAGAGAUUUAUUCCGAUAUGUUUAUGGAUGUAUUUGGUUUACUUUUGACUCAUCUCGAUGGUGAUAACAAAGAUUCCGCAAUAUGUGCCACCUGUGUGACCCGACUGAGAGAAGCGAUAGCAUUCAAACGACAGGUUCUUCAAUCGGAACAGAUGUUCAUCGAGUCGCUUCAGAAUAGAGAGGAAAUAGCUAACAUUAAGCUCGAGAUAAAAGUUGAGCCGUCCGGUGAUGAGAUUGAUGACAAUCAUGAUGAAGAUAUAAAUGUAUCAGAAAUUUUGAGUGAUGUUCAGGAGACAAAGAUAUUAGGUGACGGCAACAGCGAGAUGUUCCAUAUAAAGUUGAAAUCGAAUAACAAAAUAAGCAAACUAUUAAGGACGAGUAAGAUGAAGGCAAAGGAAAAACCAUCGCGGCAAAAGAAGAAGCUGUCACAGAAGCAAAUACUUGAUCACGACGUAAUGGCUCUGAAGAAUACGAUCGAGAUAGUGAAGUGUUCGUAUGUCUGUCCCUUCCACAACCGGAUUAGCUUCUACUACUGCUACUACUGCAAAGACCAGUUCACGAACCCCAUGGAAUUAAGGGAACACACCCUGACCCACGAUCCGAGGGAACUGUUCGAGAUGACGAUAGAAAAUAAGAAGAUACCAAAGAUAGACAUCACUAGGAUCGAUUGCCGGCUGUGCGCGGAGAAAAUCGAUGAUUUGGACACGCUGAAACUACACCUGAGCAAUGAUCACGACGUAGUGUUGUACCCAGUUAAGAACGAGUUCCUGAAAUUUAGGUUAUCACUAACUAAUCUCACUUGCACGGAGUGUUAUAGCGUUUUUCCAUACUUCGAUGCGCUGAAGAAGCAUAUGGUGGACCAUUUUGGUACCUACACGUGCGAUAUAUGCGGCGCCUGCUUCCUGGAACAGGCGUCGCUGAGGACCCACAUCAAGAACCACAGCAAGGUAGACGCGAACUUCCCCUGCGAGAUAUGCGGCAAGAAUUUGAAAUCGAAAUACAGCAGAGGUCUCCACGUGGCCACGGUGCACGAAAAAAAACCGACCGUCAACUGCUACAAGUGCGACUCGAGUUUCUUGUCCUACGCUCUAAGGAACAGACACCUGAUCGAGAUACACGGCGACAAGAGGACGUUCCCGUGUAAGCUGUGUGACAAAGUUUACAAUCGGCGGAAGACCUUGAUGGAGCACAACAGGAGGAACCACCUCAAGGUGUACAGACACCAGUGUGAGCUCUGCGACCAGAGGUUCUAUCUGCCAUCGAGACUGAAAGAACACAUGGCAACUCACACCGGCGAGAGGAACUACAGGUGCGAGUUUUGCGACAAGAGCUAUCCCAGGCAGCAAUCGCUGCAAGAACACGUCCGAAUACAUAACAUAGAGAGGAGGUACAAGUGCAGCGUCUGCGAGACGACGUUCAGCCAGAGCGGGGCCCUGCAGACUCAUAUGAAGGCAAAGCACCAGACGUUUGAUGCUGACGGCAGUUUCAACUGAAGUACCCGCAAAUUUCUGUCGCCCUAACCCUGUACUGGAUGUCAGGGAAGAUUUUACAGCGAUUAAAUUUAUGGCUCAUGAUAUAAUAAUUUGCCAGAAUUUUUUUUUAAGGCUGUUCAGUUUGGUCUAAAAGGAUCUUAAAUUCAAAUGUGGGUUAUAAAAGCUCUGUAAAAACUUAAGCCUCCUUCGUAUAACCUUAGGAAUAAUCAUAUUUGUCUUAAUUUAUGUAUUUAAUAAAUUAUUUACAAACUUAGCA